AUGGUUUACAGAGCUGUGAGGGAAGCCAAAGACAAGAUCAUGGGAAACGAGGUAGAACAGUAUGGGAAGCUUAGAGAUUAUCUAAUGGAGAUACAUAGAAGCAAUCCAAGGUCUACUGCAUUGUUGGACGUUAUUCCCCAGCCACAAGCACCCCCAACAUUCGACAAAAUGUAUAUAUGCUUCGAUGCCUGCAAGAGGGGAUUUAAGAGUGGAUGCAGGCCGUUGAUUCACUUGGAUGGAGCAUUCCUGAAGACCUAUCAUGGGGGCCAAUUGCUGUCUGCUGUGGCACAGGACGCAAAUAACCAGUUUUAUGUGGUUGCAUUUGCUGUGGCAAGGUCUGAAUCGAAAGAGUCAUGGAAGUGGUUUCUGACCCUAUUACAAGAGGACAUUGGAGAUGUGCAACAACAUGGUUGGAAUUUUAUGUCCGACAUGCAAAAGGGACUGAUGCCUGCAUUGAAGGAGAUAAUGCCGAAUGCACAUGUGCGCAAUUGUGUCGUGCACAUGUGGAAGAAUUUCAUCAACCGUUUCAAGGACUUAUAUAUCAGGGAAACUGUGUGGGAAUGUGCAAAAUGCACAACUGUGGCUGAGUUCAAGACAAAAAUGAAGAGGCUGAAGGAAGUUAAUCAGGAUGCCUGGUCAUACCUGAUGAAAUUUGAACCUGCAACAUGGGUAAGGGCCUAUUUCAGUCAUGGUCCAAAAGUGGACAACCUGACUAACAAUAUGUGCGAGUCUUUCAACUCCAAGAUCACCAAGUACAGGUGCAAGCCUAUACUGACAAUGUGCGAAGAAGUGCGCUGCUACCUCAUGAGGCGUAUGGUUCAGCACAAGAGACUGAUAGAUUGCCAUCAUGGAAAGCUUGCACCGGUUCAGGAGAAAAGGUUGAAGAGACUUGUUAAGCCAAGUAACAAAUGGACUGCGGAGUGGAUAGGUGAUAACGAGCGCAAGCGAUUUGAGGUCACAUACAAGGGAUCUAAGUUGGAUGUGGACUUGAUUAAACAUACAUGUACAUGUAACAGAUGGCAAUUAACUGGGAUGCCGUGCACUCAUGCAGUUGCAGCAAUCAGAAAAAGACAUGACAACAUGGAAGAUUAUGUGCAUCCAUGGUUAUGCAUGGAAUCACUGAAGAAGACUUACGAGCACUUCAUUCAACCCGUUACAAGUGAAGAGUUCUGGAUACGGUCUGAUCAGACUAGGCCGGCUGCACCUGUCAUUAAGCGGCCAAUUGGUCGUCCAAAGGUACAUAACAGGCAGAAGGACCCAGCAGAAACUGUUAUCGAAGGUGAAAAACUGAGGAGAAGUUUCUAUGCGACAUGCAGCAAGUGUGGUCAAACAGGGCACAACUAUAAGACUUGUAAGGGUGCGCCAUCCAAUCCAAAUUGGAAACUUAAGACCAGGAAACCAAAGAAGAAGACCCAAGACAACCUUUCUCUUGUGGUUAUACCACUGUCACAAUCAGCACCUGAGGCAGAGGGUGAGGAGCAUGACUCAGCUACUCCAACCAACCAGAACCAUUCUACCACUUUCACAACUCCAGAUGUGGCCCAGCAACAACCUGCUCCACAAGUUGCAUCUGUGACCACUACUGCAGCCCCUGCAACACAAGGUCAGGUUCCUUUCAAACCUCCAGCCAGAGUUCCAGCAAGGCCAUCCAACAAAACAUUCAGACCGAAACAACCAAUUAGAAGGAAGAGUGAUGGUAAACAACAAGUUCAGAAGUCACAGCAGCCAAGUGUGGAAGCAGUUGAAGGACCAUCUGAUGAGGCUCUGGCUGCAGCAAGCAGUGGAACUAAAAGGGUGUUUCAGGUCAUCCCCACCCCAGGAACCAACAAUUCCAAAAAAUGA